AUGACAGAAUAUAGCAAAUUAACAGUGGCUCAAUUGAAAGAGUUAUUGACUCAGAGAUCUCUCCCAUUAGAAGGAUUGAAGAAAGAUCUAGUAGAGAGAUUAGUUAAAAACGACGCUGAGGCUACGUCCUCUGUAGGGGAAACUACUGCUACUCCUGCUGAAGCUACUGUAGCUGAAAGUACUGAACAAUCUGAAGCAGCAGCUGAACCAUCAGUAGAAACCGCGGCACCAGCUCCUGCCGUUACUGCCCCAGUAGAACCAGCUACUAAUGCCGCUCCAGUAACUGCUGCCACUGAAACAAAGGAAGGAGAACCAACAAAACCGGAAGAAAAAGAAGAAAAGAAACCUCUAACGCAAGAAGAAAUGAAAACUAUGGCCCUUGAACUAUUAAAUAAAAAAAUACAUCGUGCUAAGAAAUUCGCUGCUGAGCAAUCGUCUAUAGAUGAAUUAGAAAGAAUGAUUACUCGUAUUGAAAAAUUUGGUUUAGAUUUAAAUUCUACGCUCGCCGUGGAAUUAGGCUUAGCUCCUAAGCCAAAGGCUAAGACUGGUGGCAGAAACAAGAGUAAAGGAAACAAUACUAAUAACAAUAAUACCAAUAGUGACGGGAAGAAUAGAGUUAGAAAGGGGAGAAUGAAUAAUAACCGUGGUAACAAUAACAGGAGGAGAUGA